GGGCUUUCUCUUUCUCUUCGCUUCCUGGGCACGGGGAGGCCGGGAGGCGGUGGCGGGCGCGGCUUGACCCCCGGAGCCGUCGGGGAGCGAGGAUGAUGUACCUGAAGCCGUCCUGGGCGCAGGGCUGCGGCGGCCUCCUGCACCUGGCCGUCCUGCUGAGCCUAGCGGGGCUCCGCGUGGACCUGGACCUCUAUCUGCUGCUCCCCCCGCCGCCGCCCCUGCUUCGGGAUCCCUGGACGCUGCAGGGGAGCCCCGGCGGCGCCGCCUACGCGCUGCCUUCCUUCCAAGAAGGAGCCGUCGGGGGCUGGGGCCAGCCGCAUCCCAAGCGCCCGGACGGGGACUCAGCCUUGCCGUCCGAGGGGCAGCGGCUGCUGCAGGAGGUGCGCGCGCUGGGGGUCCUCUUCAUCCCGUGCACGCACGUGGAUGCCUGGCUGGUGCAGUGCGUGGCUUCGGCCGGGGGCGCCGACGGGCCCCCGACCCUGCUGGGGAACGCCGCCCCGACCGAGGCGAGCGGGGAAGCGGGCCUUGGAGACCCUGGCGGUAGUAGCAGCGGUGGCGGCAGCGGGCCGGCCCGAGGUGAGGUCAAAGAGCAGGAGGCUAGAGAAGAUAAGCCCCCGACGGCUGCCCCAGCCCCAGGAGGCGUCGAGACCGGCGGCGGCGGCGGCGUCGAGGAGCUGAGACGAGGUGAAGGGACUGGCCUAAGGUCACAUAGGCUGCAGAGCCAGGAUGCCAACGGAGAGGCCUCCGACUCUGGGGUCUCCUUCCACUCCCUCACUCACUGUGCGGCUAGCCGGGACAGUGUAGACGAGAUUCGGAAGCUUAGCUCUGCCUCACUCCCAGAUGGGCCCAGACACAGGCUCCUCAAAGGCGUCAUGUGCCAGCGGAAGUCGGGUAGCAUCCGAGCUGCCCCUCAGCACCCACCUGGUGACCAGAGAGCUAAGGAUGCCCUGGGGGCCAGUGCUCCAGAAUCAGCCCAAGCUCCGACCCCACAGCUCAGUGGCUGGCCCCUGGAGGUUUCCUGCCUUGAACCCAGGGGCCUGAACCCAGGGGCCUGGGGGGCCUUCUGGUGCGGAAGCUCCCUCCCCCUAGACAUCAUUGUCUCCUCUGUAGUCUUAGAGGAGGGGUUCUCAGCCUUUUUAAGCCCCCAGGAGAGAAGAAACUUGCCCAAAGUCAGCCAGGUGGAGAGGUCACCUCCUUGGCCCAUGACUCCCCAACCAGCUGCCUCAUCCACGGCCCACAGCCAGGCACCCCGGCUUUGCAGCUCCAGUCCCAGAUCUCUUUGCCCCCAGCUCUCUCUGGAGGCCUGCUUGGGUGGGCGUCUUCAGUCUCCGAUGGAACCCAGGAAUUGGCGUGUACCAGGCGUGGGUGCUGGCCUCAUUGGCCUCUGGAGCUCCAUCUUCUUUCUGAUGCCCGGGUUGAUGAAGUUUCACAGGUGUGCCUGUCAAAGGCUCUCCUUCCCCGGAGGAGUUAUUACACGCAAGCCAUCCAGCCCUCGGUUACUCAGCAGAUUCUGGAACAGCAAGAGGAGGGUUUCACAAUUUAAAGAGUGUUGUCCUGAACGGCUUUAUAGCCUGUUUACCAAGGACAAGAGCAAUGGGGACGAGAUGGACACAGCCUGGUCUCUGGAAGACAUCUUCCAUUUGAUGGCGCCUCCAAUGGAGAGUUCCCUGGAGGGCAUUUCGUCUCGGCCCCUGCCUCUUCUCUGUAAUAGCAGCAGUGAUGGUGUGGACGCUCCUGGCCAGUACAGCAUGAACUUCAGCCAGGCGAUCAGUCACGACGUAAGCCUCCGUGAGGCCAUGUUGUCAUGCCCGGACGCAUCCAGACAAGACCCAACAGCCGGGCAUCCGCAGACCCAGGAUGCAUUCUUACCACUGAAUUCCAGCAAUGCCCUUCCUCUUCCAGGGAUGGACUGGGCAGGCUUUUCUCCAUCGACGGAGAGUAGGACUAGGAACCUAACAGCCCAAGACCUUCUCUUGGACCUUGAUGAAAACGUAUUUGAUGAGAUAAAUUUAAUAUCUUUUGCCACGGAGGAGGGCUUUGACCCGAUGGAGGUUUCCCAGCUCUUUGAAGAACCAGAUUCUGAUUCUGGACUUUCCUUAAAUUCCAGCCACAGCAGCACAUCCGUGACCAAUCUUAACUCAUCAGCUUCCCUGUGUGAUGAUGAAGGUGCCGUGGGUUACAGUAGUGAUGCUGAAUCUCUCUCUCACCGGGGGCUAGAGGGAGCUGUCGGAGGUCACUGGCUAGAGAGCAGUGAGCUGUGCUGUAUGUCGGAUUCAGAUCUUUCCGGAGAACCUACAUUGGAACAUAUUCUUCACAACCACACUUACUACCUACUGCCAAGCCCACCAUCCUCUGAACCUCUCCUUCCAUGGGCCCAAAAGUCCCACACUGUAAAAAGGAACAGCAACCUUAAUGACCAGGACACCGCCCUGGGCCAGGACAAACCCCACACCAAAACCCUGUGCCUUCCCUUCUCGGUGGAUGAAAUUGUCAGCAUGCCUGUUGACUCCUUCAACAGCGUGUUAGCCAAGAGCUUCCUGACAGAUACACAAGUGUCCCUGCUCCGGGACAUUCGCAGAAGAGGCAAAAAUAGAGUCGCUGCCCAGAACUGCCGCAAACGCAAACUGGAUGUGAUGCUGAGCCUGGAGGAGGAUGUAUGCAGCCUUCAAGCCCAAAGGGAGAGCCUUACACUGGAGAGGGCCCAGUAUAGUAAGUCGCUGCACCUCAUGAAACAGAAGCUACACAACCUUUAUCGGGAUGUUUUCAGUAGGUUAAGGGAUGACCAGGGCAGGCCUGUCAACCCCAACCUGUACGCGCUUCAUUGUGGCCAGGAUGGCAGUGUUUUAAUUGUGCCCAAAGAACUGACUUCCAGUCUUAAAAAAGACAAUCAAAAGGAAAAGGAGAGAAAAUGAGGGGAGGGAUUCUAUAAACUGGACCUCUCUGGAGGGAAGGUUACAUUGGUGAAGGCCGCCUGGGGAAAUGGGGUCACAUUAACAAUUGAAAUGGAAUUGUGAACAUGCUGAAUCUUGGUGACUUCUAAUUCGGCACAGUUUAGGCUACUGCUGUCCAGAGGUGCUCAUUCCUGAAUGAUCAAAUUAACAUUUAACUGACCCAAAAACCCAAGCAAAGUUCUUCAAGUUCAGUUCACGGGGAGGUAUUGCUUAUUGGGGGCAGCCAUGCUUUUCAGCAAGUCUUCAUUCGGUAGGUACCAUACUACCCCUCCCAAAAGAGGUGAUAGACCACAAUUUCUCAGUCAGAAGAAGGAUGUGAAAGCCCGGGACAAACUCUUGGGUAGUGGCCACGUUUUGUAGUAAGAUGGUCACUUUCAAGGCAAAAAAAAAAAAUCCUUUGUUAGAAAAAGAUUCCAUAUUUUCAUAUGGAGUAGCCUCUUAAAAUUCAAAGUGAUCUUUUGUUCUUAUUGAGUUCUAACUCUUUGUGAGUCAAAACUAUUUGGGCUUUUCUUGGCAAAGGUAGUGGAGUGGUUUGCCAUUUCCUUCUCCAGCUCAUUUUGUAGACAAGGAAAC